UAGAAACUGUUAAGCAUUAUCUUGAUCAGAAAGAAAGCUGAUUCAGGCUUGAAAGUUUGAAUGGCUGAAACUAACCUAAGUAAGAAAAGCUCAAGCUUUUGGGAACAUGUGCAUGGCAUUUCUGAUAAAGUAAAAAGAUUUUCUGGUUUAGCAUGGAGGGCAGCAUGGGAAGUGGGUAAAGAGGAUCCAAGAAGAGUGGUUCAUUCUUUGAAAGUUGGUCUGGCUUUGACACUAGUUUCUUUGCUGUAUCUGGUAAAGCCAUUGUUCAAAGGGAUUGGACAAAAUGCUAUGUCAGCUGUUCUUACUGUGGUUGUGGUGAUGGAGUUCACAGUAGGAGCAACAUUAGGCAAAGGCCUAAAUAGAGGCCUGGGCACUGUGUUAGCAGGAUCUUUGGCAGUUUUUAUUGAGUAUAUUGCAGAAGUCCCUGGUCAGAUUUUCCAAGCUAUUUUCAUUGGGGCUGCAAUCUUUAUUUUAGGAGCUACAAUUACUUAUGUCAGGUUUAUACCCUGCAUCAAGAAGAAUUAUGACUAUGGUGUUAUGAUGUUUCUCUUGACUUUUAAUUUGAUUACUGUAUCAAGCUACCGUGUUGAUAAUGUCUGGGGUAUUGCAAAAGAUCGCAUCACCACCAUUGCCAUAGGGGGUGGAACAUGUCUUAUAAUGAGUGUGUUGGUAUUUCCAAUUUGGUCAGGGGAAGAACUCCAUAACUCCACCAUAUUCAAGCUUGAAUGCCUAGCCAACUCUAUAGAAGCUUGUGUCAUGAAAUAUUUUGAUGAUUCUGAAAAUCAAGUAACUCAAGGCGAUUCAUCCGAGGAUCUGAUAUACAAAAAUUACAAGGUUGUUUUAGACUCCAAAGCUAAAGAUGAAACACUGGCAUUACAAGCAAGUUGGGAGCUCAGAAGCUCAAGAUAUUGGCACAGUAUCCCAUGGCAGCAAUAUGCAAGAGUGGGAGCUACUCUACGCCAUUUUAGCUACACUGUUGUAGCACUACAUGGAUGUCUACUUUCUGAUAUUCAGCCAACAAGGUCUACUCGAGCCCUAUACAAAGACUCUUGCAUCAGACUAGCUGAAGAAGUGUCUAAAGUGCUAAGGGAACUUGCCAACAGCAUAAGGAACAAACAUCAAUUCUCCCCUGAAGCACUAUCUCAUAAUCUCAAUGAAGCUUUACAAAGCCUCAACAAUAACUUGAAAUCCCAACCCCAAAUUUUUCUAGGCUCCAUGAAUGAGCAAAAGCAAGAAGAAGACUCUAGAAUCUCAGUAUCAAGCACAAAAAGUGAUUCUUCUUCAGCAUUUGAAUGUAAAUCCAAAGAGCAAUCUGGUGAACUGACUAGGGAAGGGCACAAGAAGGUUUUAAGGCCCCUACUAAUCAAGAUAGCAGUCACCACUAGCUUGGAGUUCUCAGAAGCACUACCUUUUGCAGCUUUCACUUGUAUGCUUGUGGAGAUGGUGGCAAAGCUAGAUCAUGUUCUAGAUGCAGUAGAAGACUUGGGGAAAUUGGCAUGCUUUAGAGAGUUCAGAGAGGAUGAUGAUGAGAUUGUUGACUUUUGAGAGACCAAAAAUGCAUACAUAGCUCACAGCCUCACACAUGCAUAUUCCAAAAUAAUGUAUUUUCCCUAUCUUCAUGCAAUGUAUUACAAACAAACUUAUAAA